ACCCCCUAGUCUUUUGUUCAUCUUUCUUUUUGUUGCAGCUUUUCAGUUUUUAUUUAACCACCUCAUUUCCCGCCCAAGCAGCAACACCUCCUCCUCCUCCUUCAAAACAGUAUUUCCAUGUUAUUAAUUUGGAUUCACUGAAGCCAAAGCCUUCCUGCGAAUCAAACAGAGAAGGUUUAGCAUCGGGAUUUGAAAAGAUAGCAAUGGCAUUUAGAAAGGGACCAUGCAGACCAUCCUACAACCCUGCAAAGACAAUUUCCUCUACACAACAACAUUUUCAAAGUGAAAAGACCGAUGAUGAUGUUUCUGCAGAUUCCAUGGAAUACUUUUUCACGGUUGGGCUGGGAACACCCAAAAGCCACUACAAUUUGUUCGUGGACACUGGCAGCGACAACACUUGGGUUCGUUGUCAGCCUUGUAGAAACAGUGGCUGGAAAUCUAACGGCCCUCUCUUCGAUCCAUCCAAAUAAAAAACAUAUGUUAAUGAAUCAUGCAGAUCUACUACUGAUCAAAAUAAUGUCUUUAACAGUAGUUACAUUGAUGGUUCAGCUGCUAUUGGAAACUGGGGGUGUGAUACACUCACAAUUGAGAAACAUCAUUCCUAUGUCGUCAAGAAUUUCUAGUUCGGUUGUGUCCAAGAAAUCAAAGACCCAGUUGGUGAUAAUUUUGGAGGGGAUGACGGGAUCCUUGGCCUGGGGCGUGGGGAUCUAUCUCUCCCAUCUCAAGUGGGUUUCCAAAUCUUCGGCUAUUGUAUCCCAAAGCGUAAUAGCCGACUUGGGUAUUUUGUGUUUGGGAGUGAAGCAGCCAAAAUGUCUUCCUCCUCCCAUCCAAAAUUCACGAGAUUGCUCAACAAUGCUGGGGAGCCAUUCUAUUCUGUAGAUCUUAAGGGGAUCAGUGUUGCCGGGAAGAAGUUGGAUAUUGAUGCUUCAAAUUUGAACUAUCAAUCAGGAACCAUUAUAGACAGUGGAACCACCUACACUCAGUUACCCAUCAAAGCUUUUUCUGCAUUACUCACAGCUUUCAACCAUACAAUGGCAUCCAUCUAUCCCGCUGCAUCAUCUCAACUGAUGCCAGAGUUGGACACAAUCUGCUAUAAUGUGGAUGGGAUUGAUACCACCACCUUUCACGUCCCACCCAUAACAUUUCACUUUGUAGGGAUGUCUCAAGGGGAAAUUAUUGAUGUUGAGUUGAGGCCAUCUGGGAUUCUGAUGACCACUAAAUCAAACCUAGUGUGUUUGGGCUUCACUCCCCAGAACGAUACAUCAGAAGGCCCCCUCACCAUUCUUGGCAACCAUCAGCAGCGACAAAUGGGCAUGUUUUUCGAUUUGCAGAGGGAGAGAAUUGGUUUUGGAACAAAGAACUGCGCUGAAUGAAUGCGAAACAAAUCGUCAUGCAUGGAAUUGAAUUGAAACUCACUCCUUGUCCCUAAUGAUGGUAGAUUACUUUUCCUUCAGCUCUCAUUUUCAAUUUUGAUGUGUACUGUACUGUACUGUAGGUGUUUCAAUCUUCUCAUUUUUUGCUUGUUUCCAUGUAAAACAAACAUGCUAAUUGGAUCUCAAUCUAAUAAUAUGUUGGAAAAUAGCACUAAAAAUGACAUUUUAA